UACUACAGAUAACUUACUACGGUGUCGUUUCGAGAAAGCUGGAGAGUUCCCGUGCCGGUGGUGUUGUGGCGGAAGCGAAACCCUAAUUGACGACAAAUGUCGGAACCAUCGUCAUCUUCGACGUUCCGAAACCUUCUCCUUCGUUCAUCGGCCCGAAUCGCAGAGUCUCUGGCCACCAUUCCCUACACUCCACACCAAAGCUCCAACGUCUCCGUCAAAGCAUUUCUCGAACCCCUUCUUCAAACCACAGACUCUUCGACAAUUGACACUUCCAUCAAAGACUUCACUCUCGCCUGUGCUCUGCUUUCCUCUUCCACCUUCGACUCAUCGCCACUUCUCUCGUGGAUUCCCAUUCACCUUUCCUCUCUCGCUACCUCUUCCUUUUUCGAGCUCUCCCACGCGUACCUCGAUGAAUUUGAUGAGAGGAACUCCCAGAGGCUUGCCGCACUGGGUUUGAAUCGUGACCUUGUUCCUCCCGAGAAGAGGUUGAUGCUGGAAUUGAUGCCUCUGGUUUUGCCUUUUCUCAAGGAAAGGAUUAAGGAGAGUUCCAUUGAUAAGUGUGAUGAGACUGACGAGUUUUCUGCAGCGUCUGCAAGAGCCCCUGUUGGCUUCGCGAUUCUCGCUGCUUUUCAGUUUAGAUGGUUUGUUACUCAGGUUGAUGAUCCUCAUUUGGGCAAGUUGUGUGGAUUAGUGAUUCCUUGUGCACUGACUGCUGUGGAUCAUUGGUCGCCGGCGGUGAAGGGACAGGGCAUGAUUAGCCUCAGGCAUAUUGGAAAAAAUGUGCAUGCUACUGAGCUUGGUGGGUAUGUGGAUGUGAUUCUUGAUGCCUGCUGCCAGAAUACUGCCUCUGAUGAUGAGAUAUGGCACCAUGUGGUUGAGGCGUCGGUAGUUCUCGUGACUCUUACUCAGAGGGGUAAUCCACGCAGUCCGUGGUUUGAAAGGAUGCUAAAUGAGAUGUUAAGUCACUUGGAGCGCCAGCCCAGAAACAAAGAGCGCCGCAUUGCUUGGCUUAAAUAUAUUGAUUCACUAUUUAAUGGAGUUGGUCUUAUGCUUUUAGCUCACUUCAGGCGCAUUUUCCCAUUAUUUUUUCAGUGGAUGCAUGCUGAUGAUAGUGAUACCAUUAUUUUGGUUCUAAAAUGUACUUACAUAAUUUUGAGACUGACGUGGAUAAGGAACUCACCAUAUGUUGCAAGAUUGGUAGAUGAACUUGCCCUUGUGUAUAAGGAGGCGGCAUUAAGAACAGCUUGGGAAGAGAUUAGAGAAAAUAUAUGUCAGAUACUGAUCCUACUUCAAGAAAGCAAAGGCCUGCAUUUUAACGCAGCUUGGGACAAGCAUCGAUCCGAUCCAGACUUGGUCACUCUUGGUCUGUCAUUAAGUGGAAGAAAUAGUUCUAACCUCGAUACGGUUCCUUCAGAGGAUUGUCGACAGCAGGGUUCGGUACCCGUUCAAAAUUGACAAGUUGACUAUGCAUUUCUGAUUAUUUCAGUGUACCACAAUUUGAGUUCUUUUAGGUGCAAGUAAUUAACAAGUUGAAAUCUUGGAGCGUAAAUAACAAAUAUGUAAAGCUUGUUUUUGUGUUAUAUUCUUUGAAUUUAUUUGUUGU